AGUUGAAGGGUGAAGUGGAGCGUUCACGAGCGUCAGAACUUCAACGAUUUUGCGCAGCUUCACAGAUUUAUAAACACUGUUCAGGAUGAUUGUAUCUAGGACUAUAAUAGGAACCAAUGUAUAUGACAGACAGAUUUGUGAAAAAACGGAACAAAAUGCAGCGUACUUCACAUUUUGAGCAUACCACGUUAUCAGUUUAUGUACGUAUACACACUCGAUGCGGGGAGUAAGUUUUUGGACAUGUUUUCCUGAAAGUGUAUAAUUAAUUCACUGUUACGGUGCGUAACAUCCUAGACAGUAUAGCCUGAUUUCGGAUUAAAUAAACAUUGCGAUACCAAGUCCAGUGUUUGCAUGGUUUCGACGCAAGUUUAAUCUUUGGUCUGAAUAGAAGUAGUCGAAGUAUGUCAUCUGCUGCGCACGAUCCCGCCAUGCAGUCGACUUUGGACCAGAGCAAAUUGGCUCCACAGAACUUGCUGUCAAAUACAUAAAACGAUAUUGAAACGGGUCCUGUACAUGAAUGAGGGCCACAAGGGGAUCUAGGGCCACAGCGACCGCAAACAGCAGCAAACUUCUUCAGGUCUGACUUGGGGGAGGAGGGUUGUGUGGUCUCCACCCUCUACCCUUUCCUGCAGGACUUGUUUCCUCCCGAAUCCUUCUAUUCUCUCCAUUAAACAAAGCAGGCCACAACAGUCCCAGACUGAGGCAGUGUAGACAGUGUAGACACACUUGGUCUUGUCCCUAUUUUACACUUAAUUGACUGGGGAAAUAUAAAGAACCCAGACUUUUUUUCCGCUGUUGUUUUUUAGCUAGAUUAUUAGUAUGAGUCUUCCUCCCCAGCAGAAAGUGAUCCCUGAUAAGAGUGGGGGCAAACAUCGGGCUGUAGCUGCCAUGAAGGAGCCCUCAGUGCAGCACGUCGUGGCUCCUGAUGUCUUCUAUGGUGGUAUGGGCCCACCGGCUCUGGAGUCUGCUCACGGGGUUGUUGAGCCUGGAGGCCACGGCUCUGGGGUUUUCAACCCAGAGAAGGGGCCCCAAAGUCGGGCUCACUACCAGCAGACUGCCCCUGUCAAAUGGAUGCACCAGGACCCCAUCCAGGCCCCUGGCUGGUCUCAGGAAGCUCCCGGGCCCAAGCCAACCAAUCCAUGGGGGCAGAACUUUGGCCCGUAUAUGGGCGGCUUGAACAACGUUAGGGGCCAGGUGGCUUUCCCCAAGGGGAGCCACGAUGGAGGAGCUGCUUUGCAGAUGGUGCCAGCAGAGAAGCAGGCUCCAGGAUCCAUGGCCCAGGAUAGGGGCUUAGAGUGGGAGCAGCAUGGUGCGGCGGCCGCCAUACGCCAAGCCCAGCUCCAGGCCCUCCAGCAGGGCCAUAAGGGUGUAGCCCUCCAGGCUCAGAACCCCCAUGCUCCCCCCUCUCACCCCUCCAUGCCACAAGGGUCCUUGUUGCAACCCUUCCAGCUGGCGUUUGGACCCACCAAGCAACACCUUCCAUCUGGUUACUACCAGGUGUUCCAAGGGGGAACCAAAGCCAGGCCCAACCUGAACUACAACGAGCAGUCUAAAGCCCAGCAACAACACCAACUGAUGCAGCUUCAGAUGCAACAGCAGCACCAAAUGCAUCAACAACAGCACCAGUUGCAGCAGCACCAGUUGCAGCACCAGCACCAAAUGCAACAGCAUCAGCUCCAACUGCAGCAGCAAAUGCAACAGCAGUUUCACAAGCAGCAACUACAACAGGAGCAACGGCAACAAAUUCACCAGUUGCAGCAACAGCAGCAACCACACAGUUUACCGCCGCAAGAAAUACUGCAGCCACAGUCUCAGCAAAAGCAGCAGCCAAACCAACACUUCCUUAGCUACCACCAGCCCCCUGACAACUGUCCGUCUAGCGCUAGACCCCCACCCUCUCAGAAGUACAAGCCUCCGUCUGUGGAAACUCAUGGACAGGGACAGACACCGGAAGUAGAGACCCCAUCCACUGAUCUGUCAAGCCCACCCUGCAACCCCUGCCUUCCAAUGGUCUCACCUAACCCCAUGUCACCCUCCUCCUCCUCCGACGCACCUUUGGCUGCCCCCCGCCGCUCCCGCCGCCUCUCCAGGGACGGGCUGUCCCCCCUGGGGGGCCCUCCCUCAUUAACCUCCUGGAAACAGACCUCCAGGGAGGUACCCCAGAACGGCGUGGUGGCCGGAGGAGAGGAAGGGAGGAUGGGGGAGGGCCAGGGUCCCACGGGGGGGGUCAUCCAGAGUACCCGUCGGAGGGCGUCGAAAGAGAUCAAUCUGGAGACUCUGGCCCAGAAGGCUUCCGAGAUGGAGUCGAUGCCCGCUGCCAAGGUUGCCAAGACAUCCAAGCAGCUGCAGGAGGGUCCUACAGGCAGACAGGCUGGCAUGGUGCCCUUGGUUAUACCCGUGUCGGUGCCAGUGCGUCAGGGUCAGACAGCCCCUCCGGGCACCUGGCUUUACGGGCGCCUCCCGAGUCAGCACCCCCUGCUCCUGCCCCAGCCCAAACACAAGCCCUCUGUCAUUGUGGCCCGGCGCCGUUCCCUGAGGAACUCCUUGUCGGAAAGCUUCAGCCAGGACGAGGAGAGCAACGCGGGGCAGGAGAAUGAUGGGAAAUUGGCCAAGCACAAACAGCGUCCUCGUCCUGAGCCGCUCUUCAUCCCUCCGCCCAAACCGACCACGUUCAUCGUUCCCUCGGUCUACUCCGCCAUCACUCCCUACCAGAGCCACCUACGCUCACCCAUCCGCUUGCCCGACCACCCCUUCACAAUGCCGCCCUACACCCCGCCUCCCAUCCUGUCACCGGUGCGCGGGGGCUCAGGGCUCUACUUCUCCACCUUCCUGUCCUCCAUCACCACCAGCAACCAAACCCUGCAACCACCGCCCAUUACACCCAAGUCAAACUCGCGCAGCCUGCUGCAUUCCACCAGCUCUACAGACAUCACACCCCUGGUCCUCCCUUUGAUCACCGACGCCACACCUGUCAGCUUUGACCCGCGUAUUAACAUUGGUCUGCAGUACCAGGCAGAGGUGCCAGAGCUGCAGCGAGACUGCUCGCUGACCCAGUGGGACCAGCACAAGGCUGACCUGGUCUGGCUCCCCAUGAAGGAAUCCCAGCUACGCCACGCAGUGCAGGAGACUGUGGAUGACCUGAUGAGCCUGGCCUGCUCAUGCGCUCUGUAUGGCGGAGGCACCAAUCAAGAGUUGGCCCUUCACUGUCUGCAUGAGUGCGGGGGCAAUGUCCUUGAGGCCCUGGCAUUCCUGCUGCUCAAGGAGCCCAUUUUCUCUAAAGGCCAUCACCUGGCAGACUAUCACUACUCAGGAUCAGACAGUUGGACUCCCUCAGAGAAGCGCUACUUCAACAAAGGCAUCUCUGCCUACAGGAAGGACUUCUUCAUGGUGCAGAAAUUGGUGCGGACUAAGACAGUGGCACAGUGUGUGGAGUUCUACUACACGUAUAAGAAACGGGUGAAGAUCGGUCGCAGUGGAACCCUUACCUACGGACCUUCAGAGUCACCAGCGGCGAAACACACAGAGGCAGUAUUGGAUGUCAAAAGAGAAGACAACAGGAAGUGGGAAGGGUCAUGUGAACGGGGUAAAGAUGGCAGCCAGUUGAGGGUUAACCAGACACUACAGGCUCACGACAAUACAGGAGCAGUGCUAGGACACAAGGACCAGAAUACUGUACAAAAGGUGGGGCCUCACCAUCCAACCCCUCCCUUUGCACUCCGAAAUCCUCGUCCCGAGUCUGCAGGGAAGAAGAGCAGAGCGCCCCCAAAGCCCCCGGGCGACCCAGAGGGAGUGUUCCCCUGCAAGAAGUGUAGUAGUGUGACAUGGAUUUUCCUAGCUGUUGCAGUCUCUGGUCUGUUCCAGAGGCCUAGUUCCAAGCCCAGUUCACAUCCAGAUGGUGGUUUGAGGUCUGAGUGCCUUUGGAAUAUCGUGAGGAUAACAUUGGACGAAGCUCUGGCUGUGGGGAGCCAGCUAGAAAUUGCUGCCAUCAAUGGCACUGACAUUAUACCUUUGUCGCCCACCUUGGCUGCCCAGUGUGGAUACAGCAUGGACUCUGACCCUUGGGGGAACACUAAAGUCUUUGUGUCCUUGUUGGGCUGUUAUGUUGACAACCAGGCGGAUGAGACAUUUAACCUUGGCCUGCGAUUCCAAAUGUAUGGCGAUGGCCUGUCAAAGCAGGUCCAGCAUGACGUGACCGAGACAUGCAGCUACUCCCGCUGGGCGUCCCGGGAAAUUCUCUGUGACAGGAACUACAUGGAGGUGUCAACCCUCAUGGUCACUCCAGAAGUCCCAGUCACCAUGGAUGGCCAGAAAGUUCAAGAGACCUGGCAGGAUGCCAUCCCUGACGCCGUUGCGCCAAACAGCAUCUGGAAGAUGACAUUCCACACCCCUGACUCGAAGGUCAUGGUGCUGAAGGAUGCUCACCGAGCUGGCUACGGUGCAAUGACUACCCCAACAAGACUGGUGUUGCGAAGCCCCUACAACAUGCCGGAGACCUACGCUGAAGAAGUGGCAGGAGUUCCCAUGGAGGUCUUCAGUGUGUCCACUUACUACAAGCAGGUUCGCAGGUUGGCCAUCAUGGUUUCGACUGCUGUCUGUCCUACAGGUGGCUUGAUCUUCACUGAUGAGGUGAUCACCUGGUACGUGCCUCGCCGCAUCCCCACGCUGAGCUCUAGCGCCGUCAAGAUCCUGGAGACUCACAUGGGCAUUGAUGGCCAGAGGUUGGACAAAACCAUGAUGGCCAUCAGACGCUACAAGCUGUCAAUCACAGAGUCUCAUGUUGUCAUUGAGCUUCCUGUGGAGUCACCUGAUGGCUACUACAAGAGUCACGCUCCAGAUUAUUCAUACCACAUAACCUACACUGUUGAACCCAUGCUUGAGUUGCUGUGGAGGGCAGAGGACACACAGGCUGACACGAGAUAUAAAGUCCUCUUUCCCAUCACUACCCCUCUGAUGCCCAGGCCUCCACAUGUUACUGAAAACAUAGUUCCUGAGCAGAAGGUGUUCAAUGUCCUUUUAGGGACCUUCCUCCAUGAUGUGGUGCUGAUUAACAUUACUUUCACUACUGGGGUGCUGACUGUCACGGAGUGCAAUGCCAGAGGCUUUGACUUUCAGGAGCACCGCUUCGCCAACAGCUCAAAGACCUUCUCGCUGCAAGUGCCCUUCUCGGAUGAAGUUGUCCUGAAACAUAACCCUAAUCCCUUGACAACUGUCUACUUCCUCCCUCUGGUCUUCGGUCUGCUCAUCCUGCCUGAACAAAUCCCAUUCCCCCACCCUGUGGAGCUGGAGGCCUCCCUGGAAGAUGUUGUUCCUCCCACCACCACCGGAUUCUGCGACCAGGAAAAUUUCUACAUUUCUGUGAAAUAUGGGAGCCAAGGGGACAACUUCCAAAUCAUGAUGCUUCAUGCUGGUUCAUGGCGGGAGCUAGACAUUGAGCUGUAUAGUCCCACUGACAACAGCACUCACGUCAGUAUCGUAGUGCCGUACACCGCUCCUGAUACAGUUUUUGAGAUGGUGCAGUCUGACUCUAUCAGAGCCAGAGUAGACUUGUUGCUCUUGGAGACCCCUAACAUGUGGCAACUCAACGACCUCUCGCUUGCCUGCUACUUCCCCUUAAUCAUGACUGAGUGCUACUCCAAUGGCACAGUGACUGCACUGGCAGUGAAGGUGGAAUCUGUUCGCAACCUAAACCCUGAAUACCUGACCUUGAGUGACCAGUCAUGUAAACCUGUCUUCAGCAAUGACCGCUUUGCCUUCUUCUCCUUCAGCCUCAACUCCUGUGGCACCACCAGAACAUUCUUUGACAAUGUCAUGGUGUACGAGAAUGAAAUCGCCAUUCACCACAGCAUGGGCAAACAUCAAAGUAGGAAAGGUCUAAUCAAUCCAGACUAUCGGCACACAGUCUCCUGCUACUACCUGCUCAACGACGCUGACACCAUGGCAUUCCGCACUACGCCAAGGAACAGCGACCCUAAGGCUGAUCCUGGAGUGGGACAGCUAGUGGUCCAAAUGAGACAAGCCCAGGAGGUUUCUUAUGACUUAUUCUACCAAACUGAGGACUACCCAGUGGUGAAGUACUUGAAACAGCCUCUGUAUUUUGAGGUGGAGCUGAUGCGGUCUACUGACCCUCGGCUUGCACUGGUCUUGGAGAACUGCUGGGCAACUCUACAUGAGGACAGGACCACUCUACCUAGCUGGGACCUCAUUGUGGACGGUUGUGAGAAUCUUGAUGACCGCUACAUCCUAGUCUUCCAUCCAGUUGUUGCAGACGUCAGGGUUCAUGUACCCACUCACAUCAAACGCUUCUCAGUCAAGAUGUUCACCUUCAUCACGGAUGGGACGGUCCUGAAAGAACAGAUCUUUGUUCAUUGUGAUGCAGUCCUCUGCGACACCACCAAACCUGAUGGCAUCUGCUCUGGCCAGUGUGCAAGCCCCCUUAGGAACGCAGAGCCUCUCAAACCAACUGGCUCAAGAAGUCGCAGAGCUGCAGACAUCAGCCAUCUGCAGAUCUCAUCUGGACCUAUUCUUCUGUCUGGCUCAUUUAACUUUGUUUAAAAAAAUGUAAUAAAAGUAUUCCUUUUA